AGAUACUGACUUCUUGCAUUGAUGAAUUGUUUCUCCAUCACCGAUCCAAGUGACAUUUAUUACCAAGCAGAGGCGAAGAUGUUCCUCAGUAAGUGCGACGGGGAACUGAGCGAGUUGCGGAAGAGCGUGGACAGCGAGGGCACGACCCCGGAGAACCAGGACGAGGAGCAGCCCAAGAAGAAGCACCGCCGCAACCGCACCACGUUCACCACCUACCAGCUGCAUGAACUGGAGAGGGCCUUCGAGAAAUCACACUACCCCGACGUCUACAGCCGCGAAGAGCUGGCCAUGAAGGUCAACUUGCCAGAGGUCAGAGUUCAGGUCUGGUUCCAAAACCGGAGGGCCAAGUGGCGGCGGCAGGAGAAAAUGGAGGCCAACUCGAUGAAGCUUCACGACACCCCCAUGCUGUCCUUCAACAGGCCCCCCAUGGCUGCUAACGUCGGACCCAUUGGCAACUCUCUCCCCCUGGACCCAUGGCUCACAUCACCUAUCUCCAGCGCCACCACAGUGCACAGCAUCCCAGGUUUUAUGGGCCCCACCCAAGGCCUACAGCCCACCUACGCUGGUCACUCUUUCCUCAACAGCCCACCAGCCAUGCCCCAGAGCAUGCAACCUAUGGCACCCACGCCGUAUCAGUGCGCCACACCUUUUGUGGACAAGUACCCUUUGGAAGAUGUCGACCAGAGGAGCUCCAGCAUUGCUUCCUUGCGCAUGAAAGCCAAGGAACACAUUCAGACCAUUGACAAAACAUGGCAACCAAUCUGAU